AUGCAAUUAUUUGUCAAGACACUUACAGGUAGAACGAUCACAUUGGAUGUUGAGUCCAAUGACUCAAUUGAGAAUGUUAAACAGAAAGUCACAGAUAAGGAAGGUAUUCCAGCGGAUCAACAGCGUUUGAUUUAUGCUGGUAAGCAAUUGGAGGAUGGAAGAACUUUAUCGGAUUAUAAUGUACAAAAGGAUGCAACUCUUCACUUGAUGUUGAGAUUAAGAGGUGGUAUGCAAUUAUUCGUCAAGACUUUGACAGGAAAGACCAUCACGAUUGAAGCAGAGUCCAAUGACUCGAUUGAGAACGUGAAGAGAAAGAUUUGUGAUAAGGAAGGUAUUCCAGCGGAUCAACAACGUUUAAUUUACGCUGGAAAACAAUUGGAGGAUGGAAGAACAGUUUCUGACUAUAGCUUGCAAAAAGAUUCAACUAUCCAUCUUGUUUUGAGACUGCGAGGAGGAGUUGACUUGUAA